AUGAAGCUGUUGUGGGUUGUGAUUCUUUUAGUCGGCACAGUGUUUGGCGCCACCAAUGAUGACAAGAAGAACAUUGGGACUGUGAUUGGGAUUGAUCUGGGGACCACAUACUCUUGUGUUGGAGUGUUCAAGAAUGGGCAUGUGGAGAUUAUUCCCAAUGACCAGGGAAACCGAAUCACCCCCUCCUACGUGGCCUUCACCAGUGAAGGUGAGCGUCUGAUUGGUGAUGCUGCCAAGAAUCAGCUGACCUCUAACCCUGAGAACACCAUUUUUGAUGCAAAGAGGCUGAUUGGUCGGACAUGGGAUGACUGGUCUGUGCAGCAGGACAUCAAGUACCUGCCCUUCAAGGUUACUGAGAAGAAGAGCAAGCCCCAUAUCCAGGUUGACAUUGGUGGUGGCCAGGUUAAGACCUUUGCUCCUGAGGAGGUCUGUGCGAUGGUGCUGACUAAGAUGAAGGAGACAGCUGAGGCUUACCUGGGCAAGAAGGUCACACAUGCUGUGAUCACUGUCCCAACCUACUUCAAUGAUGCCCAGCGCCAGGCCACUAAGGAUGCUGGUACCAUUGCUGGUCUGAAUGUUAAGCAAAUCAUCAAUGAGGCAGCUGCUGCUGGUAUUGCUUAUGGCCUGGACAAGAAGGAUGAAGUAAAGAACAUUCUUGUCUUCGAUCUGGGCGGUGGCAGCUUUGAUGUUUCCAUUCUGACCAUUGACAAGGGUGUGUUCGAAGUGGUGGCCACCAAUGGUGACACUCAUCUGGGGGGUGAGGACUUUGACCAGCGUGUCAUGGAGCACUUCAUCAAGCUGUACAAGAAGAAAACUGGCAAAGAUGUGAGCAAAAACAACCGUGCUGUGCAGAAGCUGCGUGGCGAGGUCGAAAAGGUCAAGAGGGAGCUAUCUGUCCAGCACCAAGCCCUCAUUGAGAUCGAGUCCUUCUUUAAGGGGGAAGACUUCUCUGAGACCCUGACUCGUGCCAAGUUUGAGGAGCUGAACAUGGACCUGUUCCGUUCCACCAUGAAGCCUGUACAGAAAGUUUUGGAAGAUGCUGACUUGAAGAAGUCUGACAUUCAUGAGAUUGUCCUGGUUGGAGGCUCCACCCGUAUCCCCAAAAUCCAGCAGCUGGUGAAGGAGUUCUUCAAUGGCAAAGAGCCAUCUAGAGGCAUCAACCCUGAUGAGGCUGUGGCAUACGGAGCUGCUGUGCAGGCUGGUGUGCUUUCUGGAGACGAGGACACUA